CCUGAUGUGAACAGAAGGAGGGAGCGAGAGAGUGAGUAUAAAAGCAGCAGCUGCAGAAUGAACUCCACAACCAACAACAGAGCCAAGAAGAUCUCCAAAACUACACAACUCUACACAACUAAAACUAUCCCGAGACGACCAGAAAAUGGAAGCAGAUAAGCAGAAAGUACAGUGUGAGAAGGUUCAGGUCACAGACAGUGAUCUGUCUGAGCAGAUAAAGGCCGUGACUAAAGAAAGCCACGUCCGAGCCGAGAACACACAACUGAUGCUGAGCUUCCAGAAAGCGAACAUCAGCCUGCAGCAGUAUAAGCUCCUGCUGUGCUCCUUGUAUAAGAUCUACGAAGCUUUAGAAGAGGAACUGGACAGGAACGCAUCUCAUGAAAGUGUGGCACCAAUUUACUUUCCUCAGGAACUGGGCAGGAUGGAGGCCCUCAAGAAAGAUCUGGAGCACUUUUAUGGACAGGACUGGAGAGAGAAGAUGAUCGUACCGUCUGCUACGCUGAGAUACGCUCAGGGGUUGAGAGAGAUUGGCAGCGAGCAUCCUGAACGCCUCGUGGCUCACGCUUACACUCGCUACCUGGGUGACCUGUCAGGUGGCCAGGUGUUGGGCCGUAUUACCCAGAAGGCUUUAGGACUGAAGAACGGGGAGGGUUUGGCGUUCUUCACGUUUCCUGCCGUCAGCAGCCCGAAUCUGUUCAAGCAGCUGUACAGAAGCAGGAUGAACAGCAUCGAGCUGACAGAGACGCAGAGAGAGGGAGUGCUGGAGGAAGCUGUCAGAGCCUUCGAGUACAACAUCCAGGUUUUUGAUGAUCUCCAGAACUUGGUGAGCAUCUCAGAGAAGAAUGAACUGAGGCAGAGAAACAAAACACACAACCACGAGACACCAGAUGUCAGAGUGAAUCAGAGCUCAGCGCUGUCCUCCUCACUGACAUCCCCUUCUCAGCUGCUCAGGAUGCUCCUCGGUGUGUGUUUCGCUCUGGCAGUCGGAAUGGGAAUGUAUGUGCUUUAAAGACUGUGAUAUGCAAACGGAUAUAAAGUGACGAGUCGAGGCGAAAUUCCCUGAUCAGGAAAAAUCUCUGUAUACGUCCAGAAUGCACUUUUUGAAAUCAUUUUUUAGGAAUAUUUUCUUAUGUUUUAAACACUGUUUAAUAAUAAUAAUAAUAAUAAUAAUAAUAAUAAUAAUAAUUAUUAUUAUUAUUAUUAUUAUUAUUAUUAUUAUUGGACUUAUUCUGAUUACUUAAAUAGGAUAAACAUGGUCAGUGUUAGUGUUUUAACCAGAUAAUGUUUUGUACAGGAUAUGAGUAAAUAAGUAAAAUAUUAAAUACAUGUAAAUAUUUGCAGAAUAUUACUAUGUAGAUAUUUUGGCUAUUUUUUAAUAAAAUGUGGAAUAAAACAAAAACAAUCUCAUAUUGCUAUUUAUUUGUACAUGAGACUGUGAUUUUAUGGGUUUGGUAAAAUCUCAGACAGAUUAGAGUUAAGAAGCGGGAGGAAAGGAUGCACAAUUUUCAGUUUUUUUAAAUAAAUCUUUUUGAAAAAGCA